ACAGAACUGAGCGCCUGAGUCCUCCUCUCGUCCAAACAGCCUCACGGGCCUCAUGGCUCUGACCAUUAGCAUGUCCACCGAGCAGAAGAAACUCACACAGACUCCUCUGCUCAAGAUCUGGGUGCCAGGGAUGGGAUGCAACUUGAACCGGAGGAGAGGAUCUUCUGUGCCUCAGUUCUGUAACUCCCCUACACUGAUUGUUAUGGUGGGACUGCCUGCCAGAGGGAAGACCUACAUCUCCAAGAAGCUCACUCGCUACCUGAACUGGAUCGGCGUUCCGACAAAAAUGUUCAAUGUGGGACAGUACCGCAGGGAGGCCGUCAAGAUCUACAAGAACUUUGAAUUCUUCAAACCUGACAACGAGGAAGCCAUGAGGAUACGCAAGGCCUGCGCUUCAGCUGCACUCAAAGAUGUGGCUUCAUACUUCACAAAGGAGCAAGGACAAGUAGCCGUAUUUGAUGCUACCAACACCACCAGGGAGAGGAGGGCGGUCAUCAAUAGUUUUGCCAAAGAAAAAGGCUACAAGGUGUUUUUUGUGGAAUCCAUCUGUGAUGACCCUGAAAUCAUUGCAGAAAAUAUCAAGCAAGUAAAAUUUGGAAGUCCUGACUACGUCGACCGUGACAUCGAUGAAGCCAAGGAGGACUUCAUCCAGCGCAUCGAGUGCUACCGAGCAAGCUACAAGCCCAUAGAUGAUGAGAAAGACAGAAACCUCUCCUACAUAAAGAUCUUUGACGUGGGCAGUCGAUACAUGGUGAACCGGGUCCGGGACCACAUCCAGAGCCGGAUCGUCUACUACCUGAUGAACAUCCACGUCACGCCCAGAUCCAUUUUCCUGAGCCGCCACGGGGAGAGCGAGCUCAAUCUGGCAGGUCGCAUCGGAGGAGAUGCAGGUUUAUCCUCCAGAGGACACCAGUACGCCAGUGCCUUGGCGACGUUCAUCAGGGGUCAGAACAUCAGCAACCUGAAGGUGUGGACGAGCCACAUGAAGAGGACCAUCCAGACGGCGGAGGCUCUGGGAGUCCAGUACGAGCAGUGGAAGGCUCUCAAUGAGAUCGACGCUGGUGUGUGUGAGGAGAUGACAUAUGAAGAGAUCCAGGAGAAUUUUCCAGAGGAGUUUGCGCUGAGAGACCAGGACAAGUAUCGUUACCGUUACCCGAAGGGUGAGUCCUAUGAGGACCUCGUCCAUCGUCUGGAGCCGGUCAUCAUGGAGCUGGAGAGGCAGGAAAACGUGCUGGUUGUCUGCCACCAAGCCGUGAUGCGCUGCCUGCUGGCCUACUUCCUGGAUAAACCAGCAGAUGAACUGCCUUAUCUGAGAUGCCCCCUUCACACGGUGCUCAAACUCACACCGAUAGCUUAUGGAUGUAAAGUCGAGCCUUUUUACCUCAAUAUCGAAGCCGUCAACACACACAGAGAGAGACCAGCAAACGUCAACAUCAGCAGAAACCCAGAGGAAGCCCUGCAGACUGUUCCUGAUCACAUAUAACCACCACAGAUUCAGGGAAAAGUGGACUUUCGUCGUUUAGAAGCGGAUGCAAUGCUAAUAAUCUGCUGCGGUUAAUAUUUAAGAUGCACUUAAGGAUAAAACGUUUAUGUGAGAAGAGAAAAUGAGAAGGCCUCAGAACAAGAUGGGACAAAGCAAUAUGGAAACAUGAACUGCCUCUGCCGUGAAAAGGACGCCACCUAUUGGCGGUUCAGUGUUUAACACGUCUCAAAUGUUUAUUAUCUUUUUUCUGAUUACAUGUACUUGACUUAUCUUGAACAUUGUUUACAACAAGAUUUUUAGAUGAAGACUAACCCCAGUUUGUCCUUACGGUGAAAGAAACAAGUAUUUUUAAAAAAGCAGUACAGAGGUUAUUUUUAUAACCUUUGACCUUUGCACUAUUUGUAUUUGUUGUACAGGUAACAAAUGUAGUUUAAAGAAUUAGAAAUCAGCAUCUGCGCAAGUUAAACACCUGGCUGUGACAUUUGUAAUGUAGAUCAGAUUAUAUUAUCCAGACAGGUUGUAAUAAA